UAGGAAGCAGAGAUCCUGAAUACAGCUAUUCUCACAGGGAAAACAGUGGCUGUCCCUGUCAAAGUGGUCUCCGUGGAAGACGAUGGGACUGUGACUGAUCUUCUGGAAUCUGUGGAGUGCAGAUCAUCAGAUGAAGACGUCAUUAAGGUUUCUGACAGAUGUGACUAUGUCUUUGUCAAUGGGAAGGAAAUGAAAGGCAAAGUGAAUGUCAUAGUUAAUUUUACUUACCAGCAUCUGAGUGCUCCUUUAGAAAUGACAGUCUGGGUUCCUCGUCUCCCGCUGCAGAUAGAGGUCUCUGACACAGAACUAAAUCAGAUCAAGGGGUGGAGAGUCCCGAUCAUCUCUAAUAAGAGACCAGCCAGGGACAGUGACGAUGAAGAGGAGGAUGAACGCAAGGGAAGAGGCUGCGCCCUCCAGUACCAGCACGCACUGGUGCGAGUCCUCACGCAGUUCGUCGCUGAAACCGCGGAGCCCAGCGGCCAGCUCAGCUAUUUACUGGGCUCCGACUGGCAGCUCGACAUCACCGACCUGGUGAGUGACUUCAUGCAGGUGGAGGAGCCCAGAAUCGCCAAGCUGCAGGAUGGACAGGUUUUGAUUGGGCAGGAGCUUGGAAUGACGACAAUUCAGAUCCUGUCCCCGCUUUCAGAUGCCAUCUUGGCCGAGAAGACAGUGACCGUUCUGGACGAGAAGGUGACGAUAACUGACCUGGGGGUGCAGCUGGUAACUGGACUGUCACUCUCUCUGCAGCUCAGUCCGGGAAGCAACAAGGCCAUCUUUGCUACAGCGGUAGCACAAGAACUGCUCCAGGCUCCAAAGCAGGAAGCAGCCAUCAGCUGCUGGAUCCAGUUCAGUGAUGGAUCUGUCAUGCCCCUGGAUAUUUAUGACUCCAAAGACUUCUCCUUGUCAGCCACAUCUCUGGACGAGAAGGUGGUCUCCAUUCACCAUCACCCCAAAUUCAAGUGGCCUGUGAUUGCUGCUGAGACCGAAGGCCAGGGGACACUGGUGAAGGUAGAGAUGGUGAUCAGUGAAGCCUGCCAGAAAUCCAAAAGAAAAAGCAUCCUGGCUGUUGGAAGUGGUAGCAUUAAAGUGAAGUUUGGGCAGAUCAAUGCCAACCCCAACAUCAGUGACAGUAAACACAGGGGUGCUGGUGUCCAUCUCGACAAUCAUGCCAGCGACCGGCAUCAGAAGACCACUUUGCAGGAGAGGGCGGGACUAGAUGGCCAGUAUUACAGCUCCUCGGUGGGCCAUGAGCCAGGCAAAGGCACCACCACCCAAAGGUCUAUUUUAAGUAAAAAAGAAGACAGAGAAAGCCUCCUGGAUGAUGACAGCCACCUGCAGAACGUCCUGAUAGACUUCACAAGCUUCCCUGCACAGGUGGAUCUGACAAGCAACAACGGAGGCUUGGAAGAGAAUGACUUAAUCCAGACCCCCAGGGGACUCAGCGACCUAGAGAUAGGAAUGUAUGCUCUCCUGGGAGUCUUUUGCCUGGCAAUCCUGGUCUUCCUUAUCAACUGUGUCACCUUUGCUUUGAAGUACAGGAACAAGCAAGUCCCCUUUGAAGAGCAAGAAGGCACGAGCCACUCUCAUGACUGGGUUGGGCUGAGCAACAGGACAGAACUUCUGGAGAAUCACAUCAAUUUCUCAUCCCAACAAGACGAACGUAUCACAGCCAUUGACAGAGAAGUCGACUACGAAGAGAGCAAAUAUCUCCUCGACACAAAUGCCACCAAAAAUAGUAAUGGACAAUCUUUCAGGUCUACUGAGUCCACAUUCACCGAAGGGAAAGAACAGAAAAGUGAACCAACCACUUCUCCUACCUCUAAAAGGAAACGGGUUAAAUUCACCACCUUUACCACCAUCUCCUCUGACGACGGGUGCCCAACUGUCAACUCAAUCUUGAUGAGCAGUGAGGAUGACAUUAAAUGGGUCUGCCAGGAUAUGGACCUGGGGGAGUGCAAAGAACUUAAGAACUAUAUGGAGAGGUUACAUGAAAAUGCGUAA